AUGAUUGACGAACUCAGAGAUACUGAAAGCUACCGGGCGGAGCUUCGGAAAUCAGGGGUUGUGGUUAUUGAUUUCUAUUCAACGCAAUGUCCUCCUUGCAAGGCUGUUGCGCCAUUAUAUGAGAAGAUUGCGGAAAACAGGGAAAAUCAAGACUUCCGGUUCUUCAAGGCAAACUACACACAACCAUUCCCUCCGAACUCCUUCACUAAUGGUAACUUGGUGGCCAACAUUUGUGGCGUACAAGGACGGCCGGGAAGUGUGGCGGGCGAAGGUUCCAAACCCGCCAUCCCGGGAGCCGAUUUUAGACCUGGAGAGGUUUUUAGGGAGCCAGCGGAGCAGUUGACAGAUGCCGGUGCAAGUGCCGGUGCAGUGUGUUAUGGGCAGGCGUUUGUAAUCUUACUACUUGGCUUGGCCGAAAAUCAAUAUUCGCACGCCAACCUUAUCUCUACCACGAACACCGCCGGAACCUGUGAGAGUACAGAAACACCUGCAACAUCUACACCGGGCCAUUUAUCCUUUCUCGCUCUUCCUCCAGGGGCAUGGCGCGUCUCCUACGGCAUGCAUGACGAUACACUGGCCUUUUCUCGUCGGCACUCGGCGGCGAACCGGCCUACAGCUCUAGCUUGCGCGGAGUGUAGGAAGAAACAUCUCAAGUGCGAUUCCAAGCGUCCGGAAUGCGCGCGUUGUGUAGACACACGCUCCGUUUGUAGCUACGAAGUAUCGCGCCGUGGACAUCGUGGAACAGCAUCGCGAUCGCGACACACAUCGGAGAAUGGCCGUUCGCCGGAAAGCCAGAGAAUCUCAGGCUCGGUGGUACAGCAGUCUUUGCCCCAAAUAAGACUACUCCCGAAGCCGAUGGGAUUAAUGCCCGUACCAGAUCAAGAGCAGCGCGAGCCAGAGCGGCGAUCACAACUCCAGCUUCAUCAACAACAACCACCACCACAACCACAACCUCAUCAACAACAACAAUCACAACCUCACCAACAACAACAGCCACAACAUAAUGAACAGCAGCAGGGCCAUCCCCGGUCCCAGUCCCUGCCCCAGUCACCACAUGUGCCAUCUUUUGACGGUGGAUUUCAAAACCAGGUCACCGGAAGCGAUGCCAGUAGCUCGCCAUUUCCUCGAAACCUCUAUGAUGAGCAGCUAGUAAAUCUAUUCUAUAACAAUUUCCAUCCUGCACAUCCAAUCUUAGUCCCCAGGAGCUUCUUCGUUGGCCGAGCCUAUCCGCGUUACCUCCGGCAGGUUGUCCACUUCAUUGGAAGUCAUUUCUCCACCACCGUGUCAAGUGACUCACUUCUAGCAAGCGUGGUGGAAGAACUUCAAGAUGAGAAUCAGAAAACGUCCGCGAUGGUGCAAGCUAGACUACUUUGCUCCAUUGCACUUCACGCCCGGAACGAGACCAAGGAUGCACAAGCGUUGCUGAAGAACGCUAUCGGCCUAGCCAUCGAUCUAGGUAUGCAUCAAAGAUUUUAUGGCACAAUACCCAUGGUCCUUGAAGCACGGGAGCGAGAGAGUAUGCGAAGAACUUGGUGGGAGCUCUUCAUUACAGACUCAUACUUUGCUGCCCUGUAUCGAUUAGAGGGAUUCAAAUCCAGCACCGGCUACAACAAUGUGCUCCUCCCGUGCGAGGAAUCCGAGUACAUGAGCGAGUCACCCGUGUUCAACCCCCCUUCACUAUCUCAAUUCGAGGCCCGGAUUUUUGCGGUCGAAGAAAGGGAGUUCUCCUCAUUCUGCUACAGAAUCGAAGCAGUCCGCAUCCUCUCACGAGUGAUUUCCGUAGCCGGAACCAACAGCCUCCACAUAGAUCAGGUUCAAGCCAUCGAUAAUGUGAUCGCCGGCUGGACACACCACCUCACGCCGGCCAAGGCAGAUAUCAUCAACCACUACGGCGAAGGCGACGAGCUACUCUUCCAAGCCCACAUGAUCGUCCAAUACGCCGGUAUGUUCCUGCAUUUCCCGCGCAGCGAUCUUAUCUCCACCAUUCCAGACUCGGCCAUCGCCUGCGCGCAGAGCGAAACCCUAGUUCCGCCUACCUCCCCCCAGCAUCUGCAUGGGAUCAAGGCUGUGGAGGCUUCAAAGGAGCUAGCUAAUCUUGCGGCCUUAAGACUACCUGUUCAGAGGCAUACGCCGUUCUUUAUCUGCGGGCUGGUGAGCAGUGCGAUUGUGCAGCUGUCUGCUUCGGCAAAACAUGGGACGUAUUGUAUUGAACAACACCGUGAUCGCGUAUCCUUGAUCAUUGGUGUACUCAGAACGCUCAGUAAAAACUGGGCGUUGGCUCAAGCGGCGCUUCAUGAGUUAAAACAGGUCGCUGGCGAAGUGUUGCAGAUUAGCCCCGGCCUAGCCUCCGAGUCUCUACAAGAUGAUCAAUCGUCUGCCGUAGGAUUUCACCCCGUCAUUGAUAACUCCUGGCUUAAUAGUAUCGACUUUGAGGGUGUGCAGGGGCUCUUGCAAUUUGGGUCUGACCUUGUCUUCCCUAAUACGAUCUAG